GUUGUUGCAGCUAGCUCUUUUUAGCAUUAGGGCUAGUCGCUGUCUUCUGUCGUAUCGGCGAUUUUCGAUUUUUUUUAUUCCCUCUAGACGACACCAGCUGGUUUUAAGCCGCAAAUUUCACAGUUAUAUUUUAUCAUGACAGAAGCUGACUAAGCGACUCUAUAGCUUUAGGGUCGUAUCGUUAAUUUAUCAGCCCGUUUGGCGGGUCUGGAGAGCUAAAGGCUAAAAGCGGCUUACAGGCCAGUGUAGCUAACGCAGCUAGCUUAGCAGGCUACCGCCUCUGUCAUGGAGGACAAAUCUUUUACUAAAGAAUUAGACCAAUGGAUCGAACAGCUAAACGAGUGCAAGCAGUUAACGGAAAACCAGGUCCGGACACUCUGUGAGAAGGCUAAGGAGAUCCUGACUAAAGAGUCAAAUGUUCAGGAGGUGCGAUGUCCGGUGACUGUGUGUGGCGACGUCCACGGUCAGUUUCACGAUUUGAUGGAGCUGUUUAAGAUCGGGGGGAAGUCGCCAGACACCAACUACCUGUUUAUGGGAGACUAUGUGGACAGAGGCUACUACUCCGUGGAGACGGUCACACUGCUCGUCACGUUAAAGGUUCGUUUCCAGGAGCGAAUCACGAUCCUGCGAGGAAACCAUGAAUCACGGCAGAUCACGCAGGUCUAUGGUUUCUAUGACGAGUGCCUGAGGAAGUAUGGGAACGCCAAUGUGUGGAAGUACUUCACAGACCUAUUCGACUAUCUGCCGCUGACCGCGCUGGUCGACGGACAGAUCUUCUGUCUGCACGGAGGUCUAUCUCCCUCCAUAGACACUCUGGAUCACAUACGAGCAUUGGACCGCCUGCAGGAAGUCCCACAUGAGGGUCCAAUGUGCGACCUGCUGUGGUCUGAUCCUGAUGACCGUGGCGGGUGGGGUAUUUCUCCUCGGGGUGCUGGUUACACCUUUGGACAGGAUAUCUCUGAAACCUUCAACCAUGCCAACGGUCUCACUUUGGUGUCUCGUGCCCAUCAGCUGGUCAUGGAGGGCUAUAACUGGGGCCAUGAUAAGAAUGUGGUGACCAUUUUUAGUGCUCCAAACUACUGCUACCGCUGUGGAAACCAGGCAGCCAUCAUGGAACUAGACGACACCCUAAAAUACUCUUUCCUUCAGUUUGACCCCGCCCCCCGCCGUGGGGAGCCUCAUGUGACCAGACGUACACCUGACUACUUCCUGUGAAUAUCCAAAGUCAUCUCUGUCAGUCAUCAAGGAAGCUCCACCCACUUUCCCUUCACCCUUCGUUUGGAUGGAAAGAUCGUAAGAGAUUCAGUACCAGGGAGAAUAAAACUAAACGAUUGGCUGAUAAACCGAUUUUAAUUGAGAAAAGGUAGAACAGCCCCCUCUACAGGCGGAAAGCGCUCACUCAUGCUGUGUUUCUGAAGAUGGUGGGGGGAAGGAAACGUUUCUAAGAUAAUAAAACUACAGACGUGGACCAAAUGUGCCAUAUUCUGAUCCUUUUGCGUCAUACAUGACUCACUUUUUAUUUUCUUUUGAGUAACGACCUACCUGACAUCACUUAUCACGUCACAUUUCACAGCAUAUGUGCUUUUUGUUUCUGUUGCAAGAUGAUUUUAAAAAAAGAAACUGGUGUCUGCUUCAAGUAGAGCAGCCGACAGGUUUAGCUGUCAUCUCGGCAAAUAUAUUACUGUAAGAAUUUGAAUAAAGACGACAGACGUAUAAUAAAAUGUCUUAUUGACCAACUUA